UUUGGUGUUACACAAAGUACAUCAAACAAAAUAAGUUUAUAAAAAAAGAAAAAUACGAUCUGAUGUCGUCUGAAAAUACGAUUGCACGUGACAGAAAUACAAAUAUCUAUGACGACAUUCAUGUACCCGUGCCACGUGCAGAAACUGACGAGGAACAGAUUAACUGCCAGCUAUCCUUUAAAGAAAUAACGGAGGAGACAUGUUCUAAGCGUAUUUCACACCAGUACGAAAAACUUGUUGGAUUAGCAAAGACAAAGAAAAACCGAAUGUGCGUUUUUGGUAUCAUUUCCUUGCUAGUGGCCAUUUUCAGCUUAACUGGUGCUGUCAUUUUCAGUAUUUUCUAUGCUAAACCAACAUACUGUGAUAAAUUACUUAAAGAAGAGUCAGUGACAUCUGUAAAGAAUGAAAAUGAGGUAGAGAGUUCCAAACAAAACUGGUUGCUGGUUUGUAAAUCAUUUGGAAAACAAGCUGGGACCAGUAUAAUAUGCCCGGAGUCGACAACAGUUGUGAUCACUAAAGUAAACAUUACAUGGUACCUUUAUGAAGGACAGACGGACAUGCCGAACUGUGAUGUCUCGCCAAGCUGCAUCAAUCCCAGUGAUAAUAUAACAGAUAGUAUGAAAAAUUAUUGUGCUGGAAAGCCUCUUUGUGUAAUAGAUUCUAAGUACUUCAAUAAACAUAGCGAAUCGUGCCAAGAUCAAGGAUAUGACCUACUUAGAGUUACAUUUAUGUGUUCAUAGGUAAUAAAUCUGAUGUUCA